AUGGCCAUUAUAACAGUGCCAGGGGAUCAUUUGGUUGCUACCACAACUGCCGAGAUAUUUCAUUCCGAGGACAUGGACAGCGAGAUCCACUUAGCUAUCAAUGGGUUGGAAUCAUCAACCGUCAUCGCGCGGCAAGGAUACGCGUGGACGCAGAGGCCAAGAAGACCGGCUAAGUGUAACUCGGAAAAUGACUUGACGAGACUAGAGAACGAUAUGACAUCAUUGUCGUCAAUGUUAUUUGACAAUACCAUGGACAGUUUACCGAAUUUAUCUACAAUUGAGAACCCUAAAGUAGUUGAGUUAAAAAUAAAUACUGAUAAUUUAGCCUUAAAACUGCAGUCAGGGCAUAACGAAAUUGAAAAUCUAAUAACCGAAAAUUUUAAACUUAAACGUACUAAUGAUAUAUUAACUAAACAAAGUAAAACUGAAACUGCAACAUACACUUAUACAUACUCUGACAGUAAUAUGCACAAAAAAGACAACAGUAAUAUGCGGAUCACUAAAGGAAAUAAUAGUUUUAGCAACAAAUCUGAAACAGCGUUAAAUGUUCAACAGUAA